CUCCUCACUGCGGUGUGACCGUGUUCCUGCGUGUGUGUCCCUCCAUUAGUGGGUGUGUGAGAGAGAGAGAGCGUGAAGAGCAGUGUGCGACAGACGCUGGAGGAGAAAGCCAUUGUUGUGCGGCGGUGACUGUUGCCCCUGUGGGUCGGCCCAGUCCAGGGAGAGACCCUCGCAGCCCAGGCUCGUCCCUCCCUCCGCGCCCCGGCAGAGCGUUCCACCCGUUCCGCUGCUCCUCUCCUUCUCUUCUCUUCUCUUUCUUCCGUCACUGUCGGGCCAGCUGGGAGUCGGGGGUGGAAGCAGGGAGAAUUUCGGGAGUGCCGUCUGGAGGCUCCUUCUGUUCCCCCUCCUCCACAGAAGGCCCGGCCCGAGUUGCGGCGUCCAGACACGGACCGAUUUAACCGUGGCCCUGCCCCCCAGCCCCUUCCCUGUGAAUGCCGGUCACAAUGGCGAAGCGUGAGCCCACCAACAGCAGCCCCGUGGUGCGGCAGAUAGACAAGCAGUUCCUGGUUUGCAGCAUCUGCCUGGAUCACUACCACAACCCCAAGGUCCUGCCCUGCCUGCACACUUUCUGUGAAAGGUGCCUACAGAACUACAUCCCACCGCAGUCCUUGACGCUGUCCUGCCCCGUAUGCCGGCAGACCUCCAUCCUGCCCGAGAAGGGCGUGUCUGCACUUCAGAACAACUUUUUCAUCACGAACCUGAUGGAGGUGCUCCAGCGGAACCCAGAGUGCACGCGACCCGAUGCCUGCAGUGUGCUGGAGUCAGUCAGUGCUGCUGCUGGCAAGCCUCUCUCUUGCCCCAACCACGAGGGCAAGGUGAUGGAGUUCUACUGCGAGCCUUGCGAGACAGCCAUGUGUCUGGAGUGCACGGAGGGCGAGCACCGGGAGCACGAGACCGUGCCCCUGAGGGAUGUGCUGGAGCAGCACAAGGCCGCGCUCAAAGAUCAGCUGGACGCUAUUCGGAACAGGCUCCCUCAGCUCACGACGGCCAUCGAGCUCGUGAACGAGAUCUCCAGACAGCUGACGGAGCGCAAGAACGAGGCCGUGCACGAGAUCGGCAGCGCCUUUGAGGGCCUGGAACGAGCGCUGCACCAGCGCAAGGCUGAACUCGUCACCGACUUGGAGAGCAUCUGCAGCGCCAAGCAAAAGGUGCUGCAAGCCCAGCUGGCUGUCCUGUUGCAGGGCAGGGAACAUAUCCAGAGCAGCUGCAGCUUCACAGAGCAGGCGCUGAGCCACGGCAGCGCCACCGAGGUCCUGCUGGUGCGCAAGCAGAUGAGCGAGCGGGUCAGCGCCUUGGCCCGACACGAGUUCCCGGAGCAGGCGCACGAGAACGCCCACCUGGACUGCCUGGUGGAGACGGAAGGUCUGCGGCGAUCGAUCCAGAACCUGGGCGUCUUGCUCACCACAGCUGCUGUGGGUUACACAAGCGUGGCGGCUGGCGAGGGUCUUCGACAUGCCCUGGUAGGCCAGCCGGCCACCGUCACAGUCACCACCAAAGACAAAGAGGGCGAGCUGGUGCGCACUGGCAAUGCUGAGCUGCGGGCGGAGCUGCUGGGGCCAGACGGCGUCUGCGUGGAAGCCGAGGUGACGGACAACAAGAACGGCACCUACGAGGUGGGCUACACGCUGCGCGCAGAGGGCGAGUACUCCUUCUCAUUGCUCCUUUAUGGGAGGCCCGUGAGAGGCAGCCCGUUUCGCCUGCGUGCCGUUCGGCCCUCCGAUGUACCGCCGUCUCCCGAUGACGUGAAGCGGCGCGUGAAGUCACCCAGCGGGAGCGGCGGCCACGUGCGGCAGAAGGCCGUCCGCCGGCCCUCCAGCAUGUACAGCACCAGCAAAAAGAAGGAGAACCCCAUUGAGGACGAGCUCAUCUUCAGAGUGGGAACACGAGGCAGGGAGAAGGGAGAGUUCACCAACCUCCAAGGCAUCUCUGCAACCAGCAAUGGCCGGGUUGUAGUUGCUGACAGCAACAACCAAUGUAUCCAGGUGUUCUCCAAUGACGGACAGUUCAAACUCAGGUUUGGGGUCAGAGGUCGUUCUCCUGGGCAGUUGCAGCGUCCGACGGGCGUCACCGUGGACACAAACGGUGACAUCAUCGUGGCUGACUACGACAACAAAUGGGUCAGCAUCUUCACAUCUGACGGGAAGUUCAAGAAUAAAAUAGGUGCAGGGCGGCUGAUGGGGCCCAAGGGUGUGGCAGUGGACCGCAACGGGCACAUCAUCACGGUCGACAACAAGGCCUGCUGUGUCUUUAUCUUCCAGCCCAACGGGAAGCUAGUGACAAAGUUUGGAGCCAAAGGUACCUCCGACAGGCAGUUCACAGGUAAAGAAGAUAAAAGCAGCGGAAAUGUUGCAGUGGACCAAAAGCUGGGAAAAUCUAAUCCCGUGUUCAGUCCACAUUUCGUGGCUGUAAAUAACAAGAACGAAAUAGUGGUGACGGACUUCCACAACCACUCAGUGAAGGUGUACAGUGCAGACGGGGAGUUCCUUUUCAAGUUUGGCUCCCACGGAGAGGGGAAUGGGCAGUUCAACGCCCCCACGGGAGUGGCAGUUGACAGCAACGGGAACAUCAUUGUCGCUGAUUGGGGCAACAGCCGAAUACAGGUGUUUGACAGCUCCGGUUCCUUCCUGUCCUACAUCAACACCUCUGCAGACCCGCUAUAUGGGCCCCAGGGCCUGGCGCUUACAUCGGAUGGCCAUGUAGUGGUUGCAGAUUCGGGGAACCACUGCUUCAAGGUGUACCGCUACCUGCAGUAGAAGAGCGUGGUUCUCUCCACCCACAGUGGGUAAUGAGGACAGACAGAAGGUGUAGGUGCACCCCUGUCAUCCUUCCCCUGCACACCCCUACCCUUUCACCUUCCUUCUCUUUGCACAUCUGGAAAGUACAAUUAGUUUGCUUUGCCCAAUCUCUCUUAGGAAGAAAAAAAAAUGCAAAAGAAAGAAAAAAGAAAGAAGAUGCAACCUGCUACUAAUGUGUUUGGCAGCAAAUCUGCUGAGAGUUGGGCGAUGAUUCUCUGGCAAACAAUAAAAGAAAAUAAUUUAAAAAAAAAAAAACAACAAAUAAUGAAUGUCAAAGUUUCCCAAAACUGUAGAUAUCGGAGGUGCUAAACUACACCUUGUGUAUGCACAAUUUGUUUUACUGGAAGUUUUUUUUCCCUCCGUUCAGAAAGUUACGAAGCAAGCUAGUGAAUGACUCUCGUCCCGGUCUCUGUUGAGAUGGUCAUCUUUCCUUCCUCCGCCUUCCUUUUAAUUGCAAAAGAAAUUUCGUAUUUGACAAUGUAAGCCAUCUUGCGUAUGACAGCAGCACCAUCUGUGCAUUUAAUUUUAUUGUAUAAUUAUAUUUCUAUACAUAUGUGUAUAUUCUGUAAAUUGAAUUGUUUUUCUGAAGUUCUCGCUGCCACUUUCAAAUUCACAGAGAGUCGAUUGAGAAUUCCUCAUGGCUGCGUUCCUGCAUUUAAAGUAGAAAUGCGUUGGCCCUCAAAGUCAAAACGGGCUUUUACAAGAGAAAGUCAGUAUUUAUUGUAAACUUUGUGUAUAUGUGCGCAUGUGCACACGUUCUCAGUUAACACUGACAAAAAAGGCUGCAAAGUGAAAUUAAUUUAUUUCGUUUUCUACCUGUCUUCAUGUAUAAAUUAUACUGUUUUCUUUUUAAUUUUUCAAAUUUGUGUUCCUGCCAAAUAAUUAGCGCAAACCUUGACAUUUACACUACUUAGCAAUCAAGCAGAAUGCUCAAUUUUUCCACUGUCAAUUCCACUAACAAGUAACUGGAAGUUGUAAAUGGGUAUUGUAACUUGUUAACUGGAAAAGGAAAAAUGCCUCCUUUAUAGCAAUUGAUUUGCCAAAAAAAAAUUAGAAAACGGUUACUGUACAAAACAAUACCAGAAACACUGGGAAUACUGUAAUGUAUGCCAACGUGUAUAUAAAUAUCAGCACAUACUAUUUGUUUGCAAUAUUGUUAUUAUCACUGAGCCAGAAAAACGGUGAUUACUUUGUGUAAUAUUUCAGUUCACUGUUGUGAUUUUUUUUUAUUGCUGUGCAGUGCUAAAGUAUUGUUAGAAUAUAUGGACUUGGAUGCCUUUAUUUACACCUUUGCGUCCCACACUGCAGCAGAAAACACAAAACGAAAAAAUUGAAUAUUUCUAAAAUAUAGAUAUGGCUGUGACAAGGAAUGGUGUUAUUCUCUCGUCAACAGAGAAUACCGACUUCAUUUUGAGGGCUGAUAAUACUGCAGGGUGCAGAAAUUCAGAUUUUUUCCAUUAAGAAGUUCCAUGAAGAACACAGCACCAGCCCCAGAGCCAAUAUUGAAAAAAAAUUAUUAAGCAAAACAUCAGAACCCUGUGAUUUUAGCAAUUGGGCUUGCCCAUUUUCAAAAUAUACUUCCUAGUCAAAAAGUAGAAAAGUGAUGUAUAAAAAAACUGAUAAGAUGACUUUGGCUUCAAUGGAAAUAAACUCUGUCCAGAUUGAUUUUAUUUUUGUAGCAGUAGCAUUAAAAUAACAUACAUGAAGCUGGAGAUACGUAGAUGGAUUUUAUUCCAUAAAAUCUCUGCUUCAUUUACUAAAUUGUUCGCAUUCUUGAUUUUUUUUUUUUUUCUGUUCUGAAAUUGUAUAACCCACUGACAGUCAACAAAACAGAUGCCAAAACAUAUAAUACCAAUGGAAAGAAGUACACAAUUUUUUCACUCUUCAUCAUCAGAAGUGUAAAGGUUGGUGUUUGCAAAAAAACCCACUCCGCUUACUCAGCAACACGAACAUUAUUAAUUUCAUUAUGACACUUAAUUUACAUUAUGCAUACUGGAUUACAUAGAUCAUAGUCCCACAAACAGGUUUCAGAAUGGCCAUAUCUUUGAAUUUUUGUGUAAAUGAACUAUGUAACCAACAUAUAAAAAGUGUACUGAUUGUAAUUUGUGGCUAUUCAUGCUACAGUAGGAAAUGCAUUCAAUAUCCAGGGACAUUGUGCACUUUAAAAAUGCUCAAACCAUCAACUACAAUUAGGGUCAAUUUUAUAUUAUUAUUGAUUAGCUGGUUCAACCAUGUUUACUGGGUUAUAUGAAUUUUUUGUGCCAACAUUACAGUUGUUUUAAAAACACAAAUCACAUUGAGCUGUGCGGGGUGCAAAGAUAAGAAUCCGAAAAUAAGACAACGAUGGCGCACAUGUCGGGAAUUAAUGUAUUCCUGCAGGGUGCACUGAGCUUUUAAGGUUCAUUCUGUCCAUGGCAUAUGGUUUCCCAGUGUUCUCUCUCCUGCUGGUGAUGGGCCUGUCCAGUACAGAGGAACCACGAGUAACAAAACGACAGUAUUUUCUCCCCCCCUUUUGAUUGUUGAAAUCCGAGACGCCAUCAUUUAUAAAUCUGGAGAUGCUGAUUUCCGGAAACACUGGGGUAACUCUUAACGAUGUAUUUCCAGCGCAUAAAUCCCUGUGACUUGAAAAAAAUGUGUUUUUUUUUUUUUUUU